GUGGUCACGUGGUAACAUGUCCCAUUCCGGUCUCGAACAAGUAGUCUUCGAACAGGCGUGCUCAACGUGAUGCCAUGGCUUCAUCGACACCAACUGCCAAGGUCGAGCCUGAGGACUCCAAGUCCUUCUAUGAAGGGCAGCAUGAAGAGUAUUCUUGGCUCGAAAAUGCCAUAUCUAGUGCCAUUCGGUUCAUCAUGAACCUCUUUCGCCCAGUAGCACCUCAGCUGAUUCCAUUAUUCGUAUGUCUUGCGUUAAUUCCAGUUAUCAUACUUUUCUCCCUUUUCUCUGGCUGGUACGUUUGGAAGAAUGUCGCCGUAGGGUGGGAGUCUCCUCUGUAUCUGCAAUAUGGCGAUGGUACUUCGCCGUAUGCUGAGAUAUCGUUACCAUCUCUGGUACCUAGCCAACUCUAUGAUAUCUCCAUGCACCUCGUUAUACCAGCAUCAGAAGCGAAUUUUGCCCUAGGGAACUUCAUGACUACUUUGACGCUCUCGACGCCUUCUAAUAGAACCUUGACAUCAAUUAGGAAGCCAGCUAUAGUUCUACCACCUACAAAAAGCCGAGUAUGGUCGUCGCCAAAAUUAGUCAACCUUGACAUUCUCUUCCUUGAGUCGCACGCACCCGGCGCGUCUCGCGUUAUCGCCAGAGUGGAAUUGGGGCGCAGGGAUGGAUGGAGGGCCCUUGGCAAUGGUGAAGGACGAGAGUUAAGUGUUGUUUCUGCAUUCCUGAGAGGGGCCGUCAAGCACCACGGAAUUCGGGGGCUUGUGACACGCUUCCCAGUCACUUUUGCUAUUGUAUCAUCUGCCACUUUUCUCGUGAUAUCUCUUCUUGUGCUUGCGUCAUGCAUACUUCCCGCAAUUCAGUGGCGCUUCCCAAGUGAGGACGACGGAUCUGGUGAGCUGACCGAAGAAGCCGCCAAAGAGCGCAUAUACCGCAAGAGGCGGCAAAGGAGAAAGUUAUCCCCAAAGAAUGAAAACGAUUCGCCAAGCGAAUAUAAAACAGAGGAUGUCCCGAUUGAUAUGCCUCCUGCGGUUACGUUCUCUGAACAACCAUUGCGCCGGCGUCGCUCAAGAGCCUCAGAUGUUUUAUACGAUUCUGAACCUUAAAUGUUUCUUCUCGGACUGUAAUUGUUUUGCACGGACAUGUUUCGUUGGCACUUCCGUGACGAUUGUAUUUAUAGUUAUAGUUCUGUCGCUGGUAGUAGUAGGUACAAUCUCAAUGUCUUGUAAUUUCAGUGCUGCACACCGUCAAUGUCGACUUCAAUUGACCUUACGGCUGUCCUCUCGUAAAUUGCUUACGCGGACUCUGAACAUCGCGUCGGUUAAACCUUCGCAUGUGGGAGAUACCACCUUGUUCGCCAACCUACGUAGUAUUGCUAAACCUUUUCAUGUAUUAUUCCCAGUAAACCUUUCCAUGUAGCAUUGCUAUUUAAACUUGGAUAUCCGAAUGUGAAAUCGCUUAAGGCGCCUAGUGGAUUGCAUGACAAGGUAAGGUUUAGGAUACUCCGCGACAAGUACCAUGCGAAACGCGGUGGUGGUCAAAUGAAGAGCGUAAGUAAUUUACGAGAGGACGGCCCGCAAGGUCAAU